GGUCUCGGAUUGGUAGGAGGACUGAGAAGCAAAAGCAUCACUCUGCUGCCGGGGAGUCGGAAAGCAGAGAUUUUUUCUACAACAUUAAAGCGUUUAUUUACUUUUCUACAAUGAAGACGCCAGCCUGUGUUCAUUCGGAUGCAUCCUAGGAAGUUCUCCGUGGAGCGCGAGAUUACGCUGUAAAUGUAUCAAGAACCUGGAACCAAGCAUGAAAAAGGCGACCAAGCCCACGGCCGCCACCUCCAGAACCUCAGCGGGCUCUAAAGCCCCAGGCAGACCUGAGGGAAGCAGCAUUAUGGGCACAGGUGGCAAGAUGACGAACAAAACCCAGAGUUCAGCUCCACUGUCUAAGGCAAAGAGCAAUGAUGAUCUCCCAGCGGUGAGUGCAGGAAGUGGAGCAGUGUCUGUUAGCAACAGUAACACUACUGCUAGAAACAAGAGGGGAAGCUCCUCUCAGAACACCAGCAGCACUGAGACCAGGUCCAAGACCAGUUCAGGUCUUUCAGGAAGGCGUGCCUUGUCAUCCACAUCCAAGGAUCCAGGCACAACCCGAGAGACCUUGCGAGACCGUACCAGAGCUGGUGCUGCCAAAAAGCUUGCUGGGCCCACCGAUGCCAUGCCUCAGAAGCGAUCGCGAUGCCGUACGGUAGCCGAGACUGAUUCUCGGAUGAGCAAAUCUCGCUCCGACAGCCAGAUAAGUCAUAAAGCAGUGCUGGAGUGUCAAGUGAAGGACCUCCUAGGCUUAGCCAAGAGCAAAGACUUGGAGAUCCUCCAUCUCCGCUCUGAACUUAGAGGUAUGAGAGCUCAGCUUGGUCUGGAGGAACUUGAGGCUCCUGAUCCAGAACAAGCACCUCAAGAGAUCAAGCAGCCUCAGGAGAAGGAGGUUUCUUCUGUGAUCAGUGCUACAGAUGUAGAGUCCACUCUGCUCCUCCUUCAAGAUCAGAACCAAGGCAUUCUUGAUGAGCUAAAUAUGUUGAAGAGUGAAAACCGGAUGCUGAAGGAUCGCCUCAAUGCUCUCGGUUUCUCUCUUGAGCAUCGUCUAGACAGUCCUGACAAAGUUCUGCGCUGCCCGUCACUUAGUCCCGAGCCUGUAACUUCUGGCUGCAGUGGAAAUAGCGGAGGUGGUAUGCGUGCAUCUUCUACAGAAUGUUCCGCCCAAGGGUCUACCGAGGACCUUCUGUCGGAAACAAGACGGGUGGGCUCUCCUGAUGCAGUGGACAGUGAAUGCAGUGAGGCCUACCAGCCAAUCACCUCCAGUGAUGAUGCUCUGGAUGCUCCUUCAGGUUGUGGAUCAUCUUCUGAAUCAGAAGGAGGGCCACCAAGCCGAGAACAUUCCCGUAGGGGGAGCAGCGGAAACACCAGUGAGGUUUCCGUGGCUUGCCUGACCGAGCGCAUCCAUCAGAUGGAGGAGAACCAGCAUAGCACAGCUGAAGAACUCCAAGCCACUCUACAGGAGCUUGCUGAUCUGCAGCAGAUCACCCAAGAGCUGACCACAGAGAACGAACGCCUGGGCGAGGAACGUGCCAUUCUGGUCGACUCCCUUUGUCAACAAGGCGAACGUCUGGAACUGUACGGAAGACAGCUGGACUACUUCCGUGGCCUUCUUGACGAGCAUCGAGUGGCCUACGCCAAGGAUGAUGAAGAUGCCAAAAGCGGCCGAUAUGUGGAGUUGGAAAGGCGCUACGCUGAACUAAACGAGGGGUCGCGUUUUGAGCGGGAGCAGCUGCUGGGCGUUCAGCAACAGCUAAGCAGCGCCCUCAAGAUGGCGGAACAGGAGAACGCAGAAGCUCAAGGCCUGAUGGCGGCGUUAAAGGAGCGCGUCCAUAUGGCGGAGAGAGCUGUGGAAAUGGAGCGGAGGGAGCGGGCAGUCGCCAAAGCGGAGUGGGAAGCGUUGAGGGUUGUGUCCGAAGGGGAGCAGGUGGAGCUGAAUCGAUGCAGAAUCCAACUUGAGCAAGAGAGGCAAAGAGUGGCACAGCUCCUCUCCAUCCACAAUGCAGGGGAUAAGACAGACAUACGCCACCUGCUGGACAGCGAGAGGUUAGACAAAGAGCGAGCCGAGUCCAAAGCAGUUCAGUUACAAGAGGAGCUGGGGCACACGCGCAGCGAAGCUGCCCAGCUUCAAGAGGCAAUUAGCAAGCUUGAGGGUGAGUUUCGAGCAUUUCGUGGCGAUGUUCAGGCACAGUUAACAGAGCAGAAGCGGCUCCUGGAGCAGCAGUGCUCUGAGCUGGAAGAAAAGGACACAGAGAUCGCUGACAUGAAGGAGACCAUCUUUGAGCUGGAGGAUGAAGUUGAGCAGCAUCGUGCUGUCAAGCUACAUGAUAACCUCAUCAUUUCAGACCUGGAGAAUUCCAUCAAAAAGCUUCAUGAUCAGAAAUAUGACAUGGAGAAGGAGAUUAAGGUUCUUCAUCGAAAAUUGCGGGAGGAAUCAGCCGAGUGGCGUCAGUUCCAGGCUGAUCUGCAAACCGCCGUCGUCAUCGCCAACGACAUCAAGACAGAAGCUCAGGAGGAGAUCGGAGACCUGCGGCGCCGCCUGCAGGAAGCUCAGGAGAAAAAUGAGAAGAUGAACAAAGAGCUGGAUGAACUAAAGAGCAGGAAGCAGGAAGAGGAGCGCGGCCGUGUGUAUAAUUAUAUGAACGCUGUGGAAAGAGACUUGGCCGCGCUGAGGCAGGGGAUGGGCCUGAGCCGACGUUCCUCCACUUCCUCUGAACCUUCACCCACUGUCAAAACACUCAUCAAGAGCUUCGACAGUGCCUCACAAGGUCCUGGUCCAGCCAGUCCUGCUGCUGCUGCUGCUGCUGUCGCUGUCGCUGCUGCUGCCACUAUUUCCAGAACGCCCCUCAGUCCCAGUCCCAUCAAAACCCCUCCAGCCGCUGCUGUCUCUCCUAUACAGAGGCACACCAUCAGCUCAGCCAAACCUCUGUCGUCAAUGCUGGACAAGAGGCCGAGCUACACGGACCUGAGCAUACCAGCAGACCACCUCCUCCGUACCUCACCUGGAACACGCCCCAGCUGCAGCCUCCAGAGGGUGACAAAUAUAGACUCGACUAAGUCCAUAUCAGUUUCUCGCAGAAGCAGUGAAGAGUUAAAGAGAGACUUGUCAGUUACCGACGCAUCAACGCCAUCGUCAAUCAUCGCGUUGGGUUCGUCUUCUCCCCAGCUGUCAUUGUCAUCCAACUCCUCCUCCCCGACCGCCUCCGUGACGCCCACAACACGAGGACGUUUACGAGAGGAACGGAAGGACCCUCUGUCUGCGUUAGCCAGGGAAUAUGGAGGAUCCAAGAGAAAUGCUCUGCUCAGGUGGUGCCAGAAGAAGACUGAGGGUUAUCAGAACAUCGACAUCACCAACUUCAGCAGCAGCUGGAAUGAUGGGCUCGCUUUCUGUGCCAUUCUUCACACCUAUCUGCCGGCACAUAUCCCUUACAACGAGCUCAACAGCCAGGAAAAGGUCUGUACGCUCACACACAGGCGAAAUUUCACUUUGGCCUUCCAGGCAGCAGAAAGCGUAGGAAUUAAAUCGACACUGGACAUUGGUGAAAUGGUGCACACAGAAAGACCCGACUGGCAGAGUGUUAUGACUUACGUGACGGCCAUCUAUAAGUACUUUGAGACCUGAGAACCUUCUCGAACGGCUGUAUCGGCAGCUGCAGUCUUACCUCGGUUCGCCUUCCUUGCUUUGGAACGCUGCUCCCAAGAUGCUACAAAUUUCCCAGAUGCCUUAGCUGCGAAUGAGGGAAGCUUGACACAACUGUUUCCUUCAGUGUUCUCUGAAACAGAGGCUAAGCUUCACUGAACUGCAAUAUUUUUGAAGAGGGAAGUCAGUGGGAUAUUGAGGCAGGAACUUCCUUUAAAAACAUUGCAACACUAUUUAAGGUGCCAACCGAGUAACUAAAUGUGUAUCUCAGAAUACAAAUGCCUUUGAAAAAUGCCUUGUUUUAUAGUUUUGUCAUAAGGAUGCCCUCUCUAUGCCAGUCUUGGUCUUGGAUUAUCAGUAUUUAUUCCAAAGAGUUUUUUUCAUUUUCCUUAACCUGAAUAAGCUCAAAUCUGUCUUGUUUGGUUUAGUAUUUUUCUAAUAAUAAUAGUUAAAAAACAGGGCUCCUUGAAAUAAAAUAGUUCACCUAUAUAUGAAAAUUUGCUGAAGAUGUAAAUGAGUUUGGUUGUUCAUCAGAACACAUUUAACGACAUUACAUCACUUGCUCAUCAAUGAAUCCACUGCAGUGAAUGGGUGCCGUCAAAAUGGACACAUUUUUUUCACUUCACAGAAUGUUAACUGAUAAACUGGAUGAUUACUUGUGAAUUAUUGUGAUGUUUUUAUCGGCUGUUUGGACUUUCAUUCUGACGGCACCUAUUCACAGCAAGCGAUGUAAUGCAAAAAUUAUCCAAAUGUGUUCUGAUGAAGAACACCGAUAUCUCGGAUGCCCUGAAGGUGAUUACAUUUUCAGCAAAUUUUCAUUUUUGGUUAAACUAUUCCUUUAAAAUUCAACCUAGAUGUGUUGAUAUAAUAUUUUUUAUGUUUUCAUACAUUAAGCGAAAGCUAAUUAUGAGUUUAAUAUGAAGCUGUUUGGUCAGACAUGUUUUUUUUUUUUUUUUUUCCUCAGUGCUCAUUCCAGCUCAACUUCCAUCACUGAAAAUGUUGCAAGUUGUUUUUUUGUUUGAAAUAUCAGCACAAAUGAAAUGCAUGGCUGCUUGUUUUCUGUUUUACAGGAUAUUUUUUCAGCAUUUCAGUUCUUUUUGUCUACGCACUACUAAUUCUUUAUUUGACACGUGAAGCCAGCUGGGUUCUGGAAGCUUGCUGAUUCAGAUUGGGUUUGUCUUAUGGGUGUAAAAGCACAAAUAAAAAAGGCUGAAUGUGUAUCCGCUGAUAUGAAAUGUGAAAUAAGACGACUACAAUCCAUCCAUCAUGGUUAAAUCAUGCAUCGUACCUCUCCUACUGUACGUCUGUCAAAGAUAAGCCUCCGCACACAAAACUGAAGCCUUACAUGGAAAAAGAAAAGCCAAUAGCACAAUUGAUGUUUUAGAUCAACUUGCUCUGCUGUCUUCAGUGCACUGCUGUUUUAAUAUGUUUGCUUUGUUUUGUGGCGAAUUUGCCAAUUCAGGACAUCUUUGAAGGGAUCAAGUGAGUUUAAAGCAGUUUAAAGUGAAUUUUAUGUCAAGGGCAAGUCAGAACUAUAAUUUAUUCCAUUGAAGCUGCAGAAAGCUCUGUUGUGUUUUAAAUGAUAGAUUUUGUUUGAGAAUCCUCUGUUGUGUUUAUAUGUGGAAAUGUCAUUGACACUGACAUUGAAUUACCUAGAAAAGGUCAAUAGUGACAAGGAGUAUUUUUGUUUGGAUCUUCUUGUGAGAUGUAGGUUGUGACCUAAUCAUAUAGAGUUUAAUAUGAAGAUUUUGAACCAAAUCAAGUCUUUUUGUGCUAAAACAUGCCAUAAUUCAUAUUUGUAUAAAUCCUGGAAUGCCUUUUUGACACUACAAAUACUGUUUCACGGACCGUUCCUAGAGCACUGUACGACAUGGUAAAAAUAAAGUACGGUUUCCUGUAAGCAA